GUGGGCGCAAACGUACGGGUGCCUCGUUUUAGCGCUCGGCGCUCUCCUUGGUUUUGAAGCGCCGCGCGUCCUCUCCUUGGGCGGGGGCUCGCGCAGCGCACCUCUGUGCCUCUCUUGAACGGCCGGGCGCGCCGGGGCAGCCGGUCUUUCGUCGUGCAGGGCGCACCAGACACGCCGCCGGGGAGCAUCGAACACACCGCCAGCCGCCAUGGCGACCGAGGCCGAGGAGAUCGACCCCCUCGCCGCCGAGCAAGCGAGACUCGCCGUCACAAGUUUCAGGCGCACCGUGGUCCACGCGGCCCACGCCGACGAGGAAAGAGCGCUGAUUGCAUGGUCCAAAAAAAACAGACAAGCAAGGGCCAAGAUCCGGAAGCGGCGCGACGUCCAGUUCGAGACCUUUAAGUUCGCGCAGAAGCGUUUGAGCGACAACCGCGACGCUCUGCAACAGCUCGACCGGCGGGUCCGCGAGACGAAUCGAUUGUCUCUUGCGAAGCGACGACAGAUUGAAGAUGAAGCAGCAUCCAUGGCCGCGCAACAGGCCCAGGAGAUGCUCAUCAUAGAUGCGGCCACCCGCGCGUCGGAGGAGGAGCGGCGUUUGUUACAGGACUUUGCGGAGAAACGCGAGGGCACCCAAGCCGAGCUCGUCGCGACGCACGCGCUCUGCGAAGAUCUCGAGCGCCAGCGGCGCCAGGAACAGGAAGAACACUCCCGUAAAGUGGCGCGCGACAAACGACAAUUGGAGAAGACGGCCGAGGAGGCGCUGUUAGCCGCUAGGCGAGCCGAGCUGGCAAAGACCAAGGCGCGCCUGUCGCGCAACACGCGGCAGCAGGUCGUCGAGAUGGAGCGCAUGGACGGCGAGAUGGUGUUGCAUAGAGAGGAGAUGGUGCGAUUCUGUGUCUGCUCGAUGGCGUGGAGCUUCCACGCCAUCGACGCGAGGUUGCCUGCGUCUACUCACUGGUUGGUUUCCACACAGGUGCGACUGCGGGGCGAGAUCGACGUGCUCGAAGCGGACGCUGCACAACUAAAAACGCGGCUCAAGGAUGCGCGGCGGCGUCAGGGCGCGGCGGCGCGGCGCAUGACCACGAAACGCAAAAUGAGGAGGCAGCGCCGGCCCGUGCUGCAAGUGGCGUCGCCGGAGAAUAGGUACAAGGCCGCUGACGACGCUUCUGUAAGAUGCCGCCUCUCCGCUGCCCGCGCGGACCGCGAUUCCAAACUAGCUGAAUCGGAAAAACUCCAGGAGCUCCAGGAAGAGGUUCGGAAUGCAAGCACUUUCGAGGUGACCGCGCUGCUGAGUGCUGCGAGACGGAGGUUGCCCCCCUGCACGCCCGGCUCGUCGACAGCGACCUUGAAUCAGGUGAGGCGAGCUUGGGCCGACCUGGAUCGACAACAAAGAGAUGGAUUUGUGAGCGACGUCUUCGAGGAAUUGUUCGAGCGGCAGCAAUCAGUCGUUGUCGAGGACAGCGGAUCGCCCGGGAAGGACAUUCUGGAGGAGGAGGCGACGUUCGCCAGUAGGGACGCCUCGCACGUCUCAGAACCGACGCUCGCGAGCGGGUCGUACGCGUCGGGCCGCACCGGCGACAAGACGUACGAGACGGGCGCGACGGGCGCGGUCGCGCGCGCGCCGGACCACGAGCGCGACGCGAUAUCUCUCCUGUCUGUUGAUGAGAUCUCCGGCUUGGCGGACGACGACACGUUGAUUGCAGAGGCUCGAAAACGGGCGUCGAAGGGCGGGCUGACGCCCGUGAAGCCGUGGAGUAAGAAGAGUUCUCGGUGACUAUUCACUACUACAUACUUAGAA